GAGGGGGCAGGGGGUGCGUCUGUCGCCAGUGCCCCGGCUGGUGAGACAGUAGACAGGGGGAGCGCGGGUCUCACUGGGCUGCACCGCGCCGUGGCUACGCGAAGUUGAAUCCCGCGUGGCCCGCCGCAGGACUCAGUCCACUCGCAUCUCCCCCAACCCCGGCUUUGCAGUGGGGCUGGACCGCUGUCCUGCCGGGUCGCGGUUUCGGGUGUCCGCGCUCCGGUGGGGAAAGGACUCAACACCUUCGGGGACCUGGAGCCAGCUGGCUUCAGAAGCAGCUGAAAUGAGAAAAAGGCAGCAAUCCCAAAAUGAAGGAACACAGGCUGUGUCUCAAGCACCCGGAAACCAGAGGCCCAACAACACCUGCUGCUUCUGCUGGUGCUGCUGCUGCAGCUGCUCCUGCCUCACGGUCAGGAAUGAAGAAAGAGGAGACUCUGCGGGGAGACCCACACACACCACAAAAAUGGACAGCAUCCAGGUCCUAGAGGAGUGCCAAAACCCCACUGCAGACGAAGUCUUGUCCUGGUCUCAAAAUUUUGACAAGAUGAUGAAGGCUCCUGCGGGAAGGAACCUUUUCCGGGAAUUCCUCCGAACAGAAUACAGCGAGGAGAACCUACUCUUCUGGCUAGCCUGCGAAGACUUAAAGAAAGAGCAGAACAAAAAAAUCGUCGAAGAAAAGGCCAGGAUGAUAUAUGAAGACUACAUUUCUAUACUUUCGCCGAAAGAGGUCAGCCUGGACUCUCGAGUUAGGGAGGUGAUCAACAGGAACCUGCUGGACCCUAGCCCCCACAUGUAUGAAGAUGCCCAGCUGCAGAUCUACACCCUAAUGCACAGGGAUUCUUUCCCAAGAUUCUUGAACUCGCAGAUCUAUAAAGCUUUUGUUGAAAGUACUGCCACCUCUUCUUCUGAAUCUUAAUUUUCAUUUGAAAGGCCAAAACCCAAAUCAUUUCAGAGGGCUGGGACAGAGAAGUUGCUAAAUGGCAUCAGAAAUUGAGUUCCUGGAGAACCACAGGUUGGCACCCUUGGGCUGCUGUCGAGAGACAGCCAUGGGUCUUUGUCUCCAUUUUUAUCGAGGUUAUCCUUGAUUCUGUUUGGAGAAAAGCCUAUAUAAGACAAUGAGUUGCCAAAUUAUGUUUGUCUGACUCAACCCUUGUUCUACUUGCAAGCAAACUGUGUUCCUAGUCCUCUGAACAGACUCCUAGUGCAUCUCCAGAGGCAGCAUGCGCAAAGAGAACUGCUUUGUCUGCCACUUAGUUGUACUGUUUAAUCAGUAGCGUACCUUAUAUCUGUAUUUAAGGACUUUCGUGCAAUAUGGUCUCUUAGAAACAACUGCCAACAAACUGGCCGUGGUUUGCAUUUCUAAGCAUAAUCUGACACACACAAAAAAGGCUGUUUUAAACAUGUAACUGUGAUAUUUAACCAUGCUACAUACUAUGUUUAGUACGCGGACUUUGAAGCCAAUUUUCCUGUCCAUGAAAAGAAAGAGCUGCUGUUUAUCUCUGCCUGUUGAGAGGUCUUAGUCUGAGACUCCUCUGGUUGUUCACUGCCCAAACUCUAGCAUUUUCAUUACAGAAGAUUUGAUAUGUAAAACAACAACAAACCUAGCAAUGAUACGAAAAAAUCUAAAAAGCACAAAACAAUCCGAAGAUAUUCUAUCUCGUUGAAAAACCCAAGAGCGAUACUGUUUUUAGGUAUAAAAGAGGAAAUGAGUCUAUGUAUAUAUCAAAUGUCCAACGAUGUCAUUAAUUUAUUAAAGAAUGGCUCUCCGGUUCUAAAAUAAUUGUGUAAACUUAUGUGUGUCAGCAAAAGAACAAUAAUAUGCUUGAUAAUCCAAUUCGGGAAUAUAAAGGAAAAGAUUUCAUAAUGGAUGCCUACAUGUAGCACUGCAAAAGACACCUUGAGGAAUUGCACCUGGCAUGUGGCGUAUUUGCCUUGAACGUAUAACCCAGUGAAAAGCUUAAGUUUUCCCUAAGCAACAUUACAAGGAGUUAUGAAGAUGAAAACCUUUGAUGUCAGACCUUAACUGUUUUCAUGUAGUGUCUCAAGAAAGAUUUAUUCUAAUAUUGUUCAAAACAAUCAACCCUCAUCCACAAUUAGAAGGCAGUACAGUGCUCAAACCUUUUAGCUGCCAAUAUUAUUUUUUGUAAUUACAUUAACUCUCACAUGAAAUACUCACCUGACCGUGGCAUGUAUUUCUGACCUUCAGAACAGUGUCGUAUUGUGCACAAAGCCAAAAUUACAAUCGUCAUAUUUAUAUCAAGGUCUUAUCUUUCAAUAUCAAUAUCCCCAAGACUAUUUUUUUAAUCUUAAACUCAAUGAAUAUAAUGUUAAGUAAUCUAAAAAAUGGAAGAAUUACAAAGAUUUAUAUCCACUGAGAAUACUGGCCUUAUAUUAAGGAUGAUAAUAAAAUUAUAGGUUUUAUUUGUCAUUUUUAACUACCUCUCAUUUUUUAAUUUAUUAAACAUAUUUUUUAAAAAGAAAAGUUUGGAGUUUUCUUUUUAAAUUUAUUUUACUUGAAAGGUUGGCAUCAUGUUUCUUUUUCCAUACAUUUAAAACAUUUCAAGAAUUGUUUUUUAAGUGAGUAUGAUUUUCUAACUUAUAUAGAAUUCAGGAGCUAUGAUUAAAAGGGCUAUUACCUAUUCCCUAUGCAAAUAUUUUAACUGUUGCAGUGUUUGACAAAAUGGGAUUUUAAAAAAAUUGCAGAGUAGAAAACAAAAUGUUCUGUUUACACUGGUGUCGCUGACUAUGCUACCAUGUUCAGCACUUUUAAAUACAUUAUUUAUGAAAACAUAGUUAAAAUGCAGAUAGAAAAUACUUAUAAUAGUCAUCUUUUAGCAAAUGCUUGUUUUUUUCUGAAAAUGUUAGUGUAUUUAAGGUGUGCUUUCUUCAUGUCACCUAGAUAUCUACUAUUUGAAUAGUUUCAGUAAUAUGUUGAGAAAAAGAUAGUUGUAAAGAUGUUUACAAAAAAAAUCCUAUUUUUUCCUAAAGAGUCAAGAAAACUUAAAGAGUGUUGUUGCUUCCAUUUUGAAGUCUCAUCAUUCAAAAUCUUUUAAUUAUUUUCUUGAUUAGUGUUUAUUAUGCUACUAUGAUAUGUACCCCCAUAUAGAGUAUGGCAUCAUAUGUGUUUCCAUGUUUGAGGCACAAUGAGUUGGUGCGCAUACCAGGAGAUGUGUAAUAUACUAUGACACCCUGCAUGAGAAAUUGUUUUCAAUGUAGACUUUAUAUUCCUGUUGUUACUGUGGAUGCUGGUGACCUACUAUCAUGGGUUUUCUUUACAAGAUGCUCUGGCUAUUUGGUGGGUUGUCUGUUUGAAAAUGCAUCUAAUAUUUUACCAAAUGUAAACAUUAAGGGACUUCAUAUAGAGUACUCAUCUCUAACCUGGGCAUUUGCUGUGUUUGCAUUUAAAGUUGCUGUGUCUUCUGGAACCUGAUUAAGUAGUUUUGUUGAGAAGGUUCUAGAGCACAUUUGCACAGUCUGUGUCAUUAGCCAUGCUGCGUGAGAAGUUCUGUGCUAAACUGCUAUUUCGGGAGGUGGGGGGGGCGAGGGAUCCUUAUUUCAUUUCAGAAUGUUUCAGGUUUUGAAGAGUGUGUCUGUGGACUUACGCCUAUGCCAGUUUUUAAAGUACGGUAUGAUUUCUUCUGUUUAACUCACAGCUAUAAUAAACAAACAAAAGCCCUCAACAGGUGUCUCUGCCACCAUAUCAAGAGCACAACAUUUGCUUUAUUCAAGCUUGACUUCAUCCCUGGUGAGUAAAUAGCUCCCUGGGGAAAUGCUAGCACUUUAAAACAAAGCACCUUGUGUUUUAGACUGCCAAGAUGACUGUGUCUCUUGCUAGAGUGUGCUAAUACACACAGAAGAGCAAAUGCACUUUCUCUAGUACCUGUCUAUAGGUGAAUCUCUUACGGGAAGAAAAGCAGGUUGGUGUAGAUGAUGUAUAUAGACGUGCCUGGAAGACAGGGGUCUUCGGAGGUGGAUCUUCCACGUAGACACGCUAACACUGGAUGGAUGACUCCCCUCUCUCCGUCUUACUAUGAUGUUCUCCGAGGUUAUCACAAAUGUGACAAGGGACAUAGGAAUAUAAGCAAAGCUGCAUUCUGAUACUGAAACUAUGAAACACGAGAGUCACUUUUUUUUUUUUUUUUUUGGUUUUUUCGAGACAGGGUUUCUCUGUGGCUUUGGAGGCUGUCCAGGAACUCCCUUGGUAGUCCAGGCUGGUCUCGAACUCACAGAGAUCUGCCUGCCUCUGCCUCCCGAGUGCUGGGAUUAAAGGCGUGCGCCACCAAUGCCCGGCGAGAGUCACAUUUUUAUCUUCAAACAUUCAUACAGUGUUUAUAUAACCAGUUCCAGCAGUGAGUCACUGUGCCUGGAUCUUGUAUUAGUGCCCUUCGAUGCCUCCUAGUAUGAAGUAUGUGCUGUAUUUAUUUGAUAGUUCAGGGUUAAAGGACUGUAGCAUUAGAUAAAGACUGUCUCUCCCUAUCGUUCUGAUUUAAAAUAAUACUUGAAUCUCAAUUUAAGUCUAUUCUUUUUUCUCUAUAAUUCCUUAAUCUUCUCCAAAAAAAAGUCACAUUGUAAUUGUAGAAACUACACUUGCAACAAAUAAAAAAUAUCAGGUGCUUUGGUGAAGAUUUUUAAAUGGAAAGAAUUUCAAAUAAACCACCAAUUUGUUUUUAAACAGCUAGAAGACAUACCUACAACCCAACAUAACAUGGUUUUUGAAUAUUUCAAGCUUCAUAUAUUAGCAUAUUAUUUUGAAAUAGGAAAGAAUGUCAAAAUAUUGGCUUGCCUAUGUAUUUAGAUUGCCAGUUAAUGACCGAUCUCCAAAGUACAUUUUUCAUCUACUUGAGUAUUCUUUUCUGGUUUUAAAUUUCUGGUCAAUAUACAAUGCCAUCCUUAGAAAGGAGUAUACCAUGUGUAAUAAUUUUGCCACAACUGCAAACAUUUACCACUAAAACAUCCCAAACCUUACUUCAGAAUGUAUCUGGGAGAUUUACAGCAUCAAUGCAACUCAGUGCAUGGAAAGGCACUGACUCCCAACAGCAAACUUUGAUUUCUCUGUGUGUUCAAAACAAACGACUCUUAUAGAUAUAGUUCUAACAGUUAUAAGUGGCACGUUUUCCCAUCAGUUUAAGUGAACAUUCCAGACCAUCAUUCUCAUGAAAGCGCUGAAGAAAUGGAGUAUUGCCUUAGUCGGACAAAUGGGGCUGGCUGGGGACUCAUUCGGUUCUUGUGGCAAAAGCUUCAAGUUGGGAAAAUCAGUUAUCGAAAGCACUGAUAAUGAUAACCAAAGGUAAUAUCUCAAUGUUGUGUGUAUAAUCUGAAAUUCAACUUCCCCUUAUGUCUUGUACUAAAUGUUUCCUGUUACAAAAUUUUCUGUGUAUUUACUCCUUUUUACAGCAUUUCUGCUUUUUAAAUAGUUAGAGCUGCAUGUUUUAAAGCGAUAAUUAAGCAAACCACCUAAGGUUUGGGCACAUUUCCUUUUGAAAUGCCUGAGCUGAUCUCAAGUGGUAUUUAUGACCAGAGAUAGUAGGAAAGUCAUUAUUCUUUCUGAAUCUUUCUCUUCAUCUGAAAAUAUUAACUAUGGGGUGGGUGGCCAUGGGAACAAUGAUGUUGCAUGUGAUAAUUUAUUGUAGUUCUUCAGGCCACAGUUUUUAGGAAAGGCUGUAGCCAAUGCCAUUUUAAUGUGCUUUCCCCCAAAUUUUCCCUUUAAGUUUUUAAAGUUAUCUUAUACAAAAAAGGGUUUCAUUAUGACAUUUUCAUACACAUGUUUGUUAAAUCUUGUUCUCAUUUGUUACCACUGACUUUCCCUGUGCUCUCUACUUCAUUUAUUAUUUGAAACAUACUUGAAAAAUCUAAAUAGGAACAUGCAUGCGCAUGCGCGCACACACACAUACACACACACACACACAAGAUGGAGACACAGGCAAUAAAAUUAACAUUCCCAGCGAUAGGAAUAAUAUAAAAUCAAAUAAGUUACCAAUAUAUCAAGUAUGUGAGUGGGAGAUAGGGAGAAAUGUAAUUCCAUACAGCACCAUUACAAAAACAUGUUUUUAAUAUUAAUGUGAUUUGGUCAAUUCCAUCAUGAAUCUGUGAUGAUAGUAACUACGUUUAUUACGUGACGCCAAGGGCACAUGACAGCAGGCUGAGUGCUCUUGUUUUGAGCUCCUCUUGCUGCUGUUCACCUAUCACCUGGUUAAAGCAUCCUGUUAAACUGCAACCUCUCGGCUGUCAAUCGAUGCACAUGCAGGGAGGGUGUGUGUCUUAGAGGUAAACAGACUCUGCACUUACUGGGCAAGAAAAACAAACAAACAGCAAACAAACAAAUAAAAACAACUCUGGCAGACAUCUUAGCACUAAUGCUACGCUCCAUUUAAGAAUCUCCAACAAAUACUAUAAAGAAAAUGCAGUGAAUUAGGAAGUGAGAUGGGUCAAAUUCCAAACCAGUGUUAGCUUGAAUCGUCACGUGAAAGCGAUACUGACUUCCCUGUCCCUGACACACCCUGUAUAUUUACCUAGAUCCUGCAAACAUGCUGGGUUUAAACAUUUUAGUCUCGUUCAUUGUAGCAAGAGGUUACUUAUUACUCGUGUUUAAUGCUCUCCUAUCUACUCUCCACUGAGCAAUGCAUACAACACUGAAGUGUUGGAAGACUGAAGUUGUCCCUCUAGCUUUAACCUGUGUGUCACGGCGUUUCUUGUGUAUGGUUUUAAAGAAUUUGCAAAAUACUAAAAUGUAUUUUAAUGAAUUGAUUCUGUGAAAUUUGUCAUUUUGGAUGUGUACAAUUUCUUACUUCCAUGCUCAUUCUAUUUAGUAAUCUAUUUCCAAUACAUUUAUUAGUGGACCACAAAGUUUCUGAGUACAUGAAUAUAAGAGUAACCAUGCUUGGCUAUUUCAUAAUACCAAAAUAACUGUGGGUACUCAUAACUGAAUAGAUAAUCCAGAUUCUUUUUCUUGCAGUUUAAGUUUUUCUGGGUUUUUAUUCCAUUGAGUAGAUUUAAUCAUUGACCUAUGUACAAUAAUAGACUUCCUGAAAGUGCUACAAUUUUUACCAUGUAAUAGAUUUGAGCAUGACAAUAAUGUAAGAAAACUCAGACAUCUCCCGCUAAGUGUAUCUGAGUUUUCAAAGUAAAUCAAAUAACAAGUGUCUUCAUUUAGCUAUAUUGUGGAAAUUUAUGGAUAUCAUUGUGAAAUGCACAUGCAUUACACUGAUUUUCUUAAGAUGUUUUGAAUUAAUAAAGAAUUCUCCCAUGUA